CCCUGUGAUGACGUGUAUCCCGCUGGAGCCGGCUGCUCGCUGUCACUUCCUGGUUGUGUGAGCUUCGAUCCCGGAGUUCGUUGUGAGCGCUGAGCGACAUGUCUCACCAGACCGGCAUCGAGGCGAGUGACGAGGUCAGAGAAUUAUUUGCCAAAGCCCGAAAUGGAAAGUAUAGACUGUUGAAACUUGAUAUUGAAGAUGAACAACUGACUGUCAGCUCAUAUGAAAAACCCGUAAACUCUUGGGAUAGAGAAUUCGAUGCUUAUAUUCUCCCAUUGUUGGAAGACAAGCAUCCUUGCUAUAUUUUAUAUAGGCUGGAUUCCCAGAAUGCACAGGGCUACGAGUGGAUCUUUAUCGCAUGGUCGCCAGACUACUCUCAUGUUAGACAGAAAAUGUUAUAUGCUGCAACGAGAGCAACCGUGAAGAAGGAAUUUGGAGGAGGACAUAUAAAGGACGAACUUUUUGGUACAGUAAAAGACGAUGUUUCAUUGAGUGGCUAUAAAAAGUUCUUAGCCUGUAAGUCCUCUCCUGCCCCUCUUUCUGCUGCAGAAGAAGAGUUGAGGCAAAUAAAGAUUAACGAGACCAAAACGGAUGUUGGAGUAGACACUAAACAACAGACCCUUCAAGGAAUAUCCUUCCCUUUAGAAAAUGCUGCAUACCAGGCUUUGGAACAGUUAAAGAGCAAAAAACUAAACUAUGUACAGUUGAAAAUCGAUUUAUACAAUGAAACAAUUGUUUUGGCGGAUUCAUCAUAUACAGAUAUAAAGGAGUUGCCGAAAAGGGUUCCAAAGGAUGCUGCACGCUACCACUUUUUCUUGUAUAAACAUUCCCAUGAAGGAGACUAUUUGGAUUCCAUAGUGUUCAUUUAUUCAAUGCCUGGCUACACAUGCAGUAUACGAGAGAGAAUGAUGUACUCCAGCUGUAAGAACCCUCUGCUACAUAUUAUUGAAAAUCAAAUACAGAUGGAGGUUAUAAAAAAGAUUGAAAUAGACAAUGGCGAUGAGCUGACAUCUGAUUUCUUGUACGAGGAAGUUCAUCCGAAGCAGCACGCCCACAAACAAAACUUUGCUAAGCCAAAAGGCCCAGCUGGGAAAAGAGGUAUACGUCGGCUCAUAAGAGGUCCAGCGGAAGGUGAAGGCGCUAAAGACUAGUCUAAAAUAAACACGACUAGUACCUGCAAAGCCCUGGGUCUUCAUGUUUCAACUGGUGGACUGUAACCUUUUCAUGCCUGUGUUCUUUGAUGCAAUAAUGGUCUUUUUUUCUUACUAUGUAACAUUCCUUGUAAAUGACUCAAUUCAAGAUUUUUUCGGUUUUUAGCGCCCAUGCCACUUAUACAUUCCCUUUCAUUUAUCUCAAUUGAUAUAUUUCCAGGUGCUGACCAUCUUUUUUUUUUCUUUUUUUCAUCAGGCUGUAAAUGCUUUACAUUCAUAGUUCG